AUGUUGAUUAUCCUGUUACUUGUUACUUUUCUAGCCGUUGCAACUGCAUACCAAUGGAAAAGAUGUCAGAAGUUACCAAAAGGACCCACUCCAAUUCCUAUCAUUGGAAAUUUCCAUCAAUUUAUCUAUCAUGGUCUGAAACUCGGAAGUGCUGUUGCAGUCUACCAUCACUUUGAGAAAACAUAUGGAAAAGUUUUUACACUAUGGAUGGGUCCACUGCCAACAGUUUACAUUGCUGACUAUGACGUGGCACAUGAGAGUCAUAUUAAGAGAUCAAACAUUUUUAGUAAGAGAUUUGCUACUGGAACAAUGAAUUAUAUCAGAGAAGGAAGAGGGAUUAUUGCGUCGAAUGGAGAAUUCUGGCAGGAGCAUAGAAGAUUCGCGUUGACUACGUUGAGAAAUUUUGGGCUGGGAAGGAACAUAAUGGAGGAGAAGAUAAUGGAAGAGUAUAGAUAUAGAAUAGCUGACUUCAAGAAAACCAAUUUCAAAAAUGGAGCCAUCGAAGUUCAUGCCGGUUCAUUCUUCGAUCUUCUCGUCGGAUCCAUCAUCAAUCAACUUCUGAUUUCCGAGAGAUUCGAGCAGGAUGACAAGGAAUUCGAUCAGAUCAAAACUGCUCUAGCCGAGUCGCUGGAAAACUUUGGUAUCGUAGACAUCUUCUUCCCAACCGCAUUCUUAGAUUCUCCAUUGAUGUCAUGGAGACAAAAGAAGAUAUUCAAACCUUUUGAUUUUGUGUAUGAAGUAAGCAAAAGAAACAUUGCAAAGAGAGUUGCUCAAGUGGAGAGUAGAGAUCAUGUCAUUGAAGAUGGAGGAAAUGAUUUUGUGGAUGCCUAUAUUUUGAAGAUUCAGAAGGACAAAAGAGAUGGAGUCAAGUCCACUUUCGACUACGAAACUAUGGCAAUCGAUGUCUUUGAUCUCUGGCAAGCCGGUCAGGAAACCACUUCGACUACCUUAUCCUGGGCAUUCUCAUGUCUUUUGAAUUAUCCGAAUGUUGUCAAAAAGUUGAGAGCCGAGCUCAUGAAAUUAACAGGAGGAAACAGAAGUAUUGGACUGAACGAUCGACCAGAUACUCCAUAUUUGAAUGCCACGUGUAACGAAGUUCAACGUAUUGCCUCGAUUCUUAACGUCAAUCUGUUCCGCCACAUUGAGGAAGAUACUGUAAUUGCCGGACAACCGCUUUCCGCUGGUACCGCUGUGACAACUCAAAUGUCAAUGCUUCAUACCGAUGAGAAAGUUUUCAAAAACUCUACAGAAUUCGAUCCUGAAAGAUUCAUCGUCAACAAUAAUCUGGAGAAAACCUUGAUUCCAUUUGGCAUCGGGAAACGAUCAUGCCUCGGGGAGUCAUUGGCCAGAGCUGAGUUGUAUUUGAUUCUUUCAAAUUUGAUUCUCGACUUUGACAUCGAACCAGUCGGAUCUCCUCCACAAAUGAAGACGCUCAAUCCAUUCGGACUUCUCAGAAGACCACCGGUUUACAAUAUCAGAUUCAAACCAGUGAAGCUUUAA